CUUCCAUUUCUUGAUCAUGACAACCAUAACCCUUCAAUGGAAUCCACCUUAGCAACAUAAUCACUCACCCUACUCAUUUAUCCCCAAUUUUCACUCAAUUUCACUAUAAAUUUCACCCAAAUUCAAUCUUUACACACUUAACAACAUACCCUUUUCUUCAAUUAUCACAUCCCAACUUCUACUCUUUCAAUUCUUCACCUCUGUUUUUCAAUUCUGAGCUAUCAAAAUCAGAAUCCUUCAACAUGCAAGAGGUUGAAUCAGCUAACAAAGAUGCUACACAACGUUUCAACAGAAUCAUUAAUCUAUUAUCCCAACCCCAUGAUCAUAUUCCACACAAAACUCUAAUUGAAAAAACAGGGGAUGUUGUGAUCGCAUUCAAACGAGUCGUAUCGCUUCUUGAUCGAGAUUUAAGUCGUUCUAGAGUGAGAAAAGGCUUCAAAUUUCAAACCCCAUUUCCUCAGAACAUGUUUUUAGAUCAAGAUCAUCAAGUUAUGAGUUCAAAUUUUGGUAAAUUGACACAAGUUUCCCAAAAUGCCCCUUCCCCUGUUUCUAGUUGUCAGUUUCUGACACCCCAACAGGGUCAGAUGAUGAUGUAUCAUAAGGGAAAUGGUGGGUUUAGUUUGAAUUUCAGUAGUUCUGCUUGUUCGCCUUCGGUUUCGUUGAGUAAGUCUUUUGUUUCGUCGUUGAGUGUUGAAGGGAGUUCUUUGAAUUUGAUCGGGUCGUCGCGGUUAAGUGAUCAAGAAAUGUUUCAACACAAGAAGAGGUGUUCAGGUGGUAGAUGUCACUGCUCCAAGAAGAGAAGACAUAGGAUUCAGAGAUCGAUCAAAGUUCCUGCUAUCAGUAAUAAGCUAGCAGAUAUCCCACCCGAUGAGUAUUCUUGGAGGAAGUAUGGCCAGAAGCCCAUCAAGGGUUCACCUCAUCCUAGAGGAUACUAUAGAUGUAGCAGUUUCAGAGGUUGUCCUGCAAGAAAAAAGGUGGAGAGAUGUUUGGUUGAUUUUGGAAUGCUUAUUGUGACAUAUGAGGGUGAGCAUAACCACCCUUUAUUACCUUUUCAAUCUCCAAACACAUAAAAUAAGCUUGCUUUAAUGGGUUGAAGCCCACUGGCCCGGUCCGGCCCAUCUCGACCCAAUACAGGGGUAUCUUCUAUAACUCUGGCUCUUCAUGUGUAUAUUUUAAUAGAAGUUUGUGAAUAUAAAUAAAGCAAAGAGUUAGAUGUCA